UUCCUAAUACAGUCAUUACAACCAAGUACUAAUCCCUCGUUACAAACACUCCCGAUGCGUUUCCGGCCCUCCACCCCAAACCGCACCCGCCAAUGUAUACUACAUUGUACAUGUCAAAGGGCACAUCAUAACACCCAAGAUCCCUUCUCUCCAGCAUGUCCACCAACGAGCAUUCCCUCUUCCAGGUGUCUGCCGCACCUGCACAGUUAGCCGACGCUCUGCAUAAGCAAGGUUGCAAGGGGGAGAACAUAUUACGUAAGAUUAAUAGAGUGGAGGCGUACGUAAGGAGGAAGAUUUGAAGGUCGUGGGAAGGAUCCAAUUCGGAGGUCGCUAAUUGCGUGAGUCAGCCAGGCAUUUUAUUAUUAAUCGUCAUUUCCAUGUAUAUGGCAUAGAGAAUUUCUCUCGUCUAUUGUUCUUUCCUUUCUUUUCCAUUCCUUCUUCCAUCUUCUAGUGACCUCCACUUCCCCAACCAUCCGUCUAUCUUUCCGCCCACCAUGCCUGCGCCCGUGCCCCCGACUGCUUUCGCGCAGCCCUCCGGCCCCGCCACCCAGCUCGUGCUUGGCUCCAUGCAAAGAGCCCCCGAGUACCAGGCGCUCCUCACAAGUCUCAAAUCUGCGGCACCGCCCUCCUCCUCGGUACAGGGCGAGAUGGUAGACCGUAUCUUGGAUAACGCCACCACCCUUCCCCCUCCGCCUCUCACCAUUCAUCUUGUCCUGCCUCUUCCUCUCCCGUCCAAUCUCCUUUCUGCUAUUCCGCCAUCCACGCAGAUAUUCAUACAUAUCCCGGCCGACUCUGAGUCUCAACUUGGCGCGUUACAUUCCGCCCUUGCUUCUCACUCAUUCACUCCUGUCUUGCCUACCCCCUCUCCCUCUACUCUCGCCUAUACAUCACCUAGCGCACCGUCACUUCCUGCUGUCGCAUCUGAGCCCUCACCCGCGCCUUCCAGCUCAACGCCUGUCACGCUAAGCGGCGCCCGUCCUCUACAGCUCCGUCGGAAUGGGGACAAGGCUCGCAAAGCUGCUCUCUGGGCGAUUGACUCUCCUCUUAUUCCUGACGGUGGUAAAUCGCUCUUGACUCCUGCAGACCGUACCCGGCCCGACUGCGUGUUCCCGGCGGAGAAUGGGAAACCUGUCAAGCGGCGCAGGGCGUGCAAGGAUUGCACGUGUGGGUUAAAGGAGCUUGAGCAGGAGGAGGAGGCCCAGACGUCGGCGGCUGUCCAGGAGGCCCAAAAGGCAUUCUUUUUGGAGGGCGAUGAUGACAUACCGGAGAACCUCAAGAAGGCGACAGAGGGGAUGGAAGGUAUCUGGCCGGCGGAUAAGAGAGCGGAAGCCAAGAAGACGAGCAGUUGCGGUAGUUGUUACCUGGGAGAUGCGUUUAGGUGCUCUAGUUGCCCAUAUCUUGGCCUUCCUCCCUUUAAGCCGGGCGAGCAAGUCCAGGUAUCCAUUGGCGACGAUAUUUAAUUAUCUGCCAGUUCUUCGAUUUUUCUUCUUGUUUCAUCAUUCCCAUACCUAGUAUUGGUUUUUCUUUUUUUUGGUUCUGGUCCAUGUCAUGCUGCAGCCGCAGCUGUAACUCAUCGUCAAAACAUUUAGAUUUCAUCAUUGAUACGCUAUGCACAUUGUAUUCAUGUCUAUCCGAGUAUAAUCGUUUGCCUGAGUUUGUUUACCAGGUUCUUUUCUUUUUAAACAACGUGAACGCCUCGGAUGGAUGAGAGACUGUGUGACCUGCAGAGAGACAUUCCCUGAUGGGACGAUAACAAGAUACAUGCAUAAUGCUGCUUUGUUCAUAGACUGA